AUGGGUGCAUAUAUUUCUCGUGUUUUUGAUCGCCUAUUCGGAAAAAGAGAGAUGCGGAUUCUAAUGGUCGGUCUUGACGCAGCCGGGAAGACUACUAUUCUCUACAAGCUAAAACUGGGAGAGAUUGUAACGACCAUCCCGACCAUCGGCUUUAAUGUUGAAACAGUGGAAUACAAAAAUGUCAACUUUACUGUUUGGGACGUUGGUGGGCAGGAUAAGAUCCGACCUCUUUGGCGCCACUAUUUCCAGAACACUCAGGGCCUGAUUUUUGUGGUCGACAGUAAUGAUCGUGAACGUUUGCCUGAAGCCAGGAACGAGCUCAAUCGUAUGCUUAGCGAAGACGAAUUGCGUGAUGCAGUGCUUCUGGUAUUUGCCAACAAACAGGAUCUUCCUAACGCCUGCCCCGCUAGUGAGAUGACUCAGAAACUUGGUUUGAAUUCGCUUAAAAAUCGGAAGUGGUACAUUCAAGCAACCUGCGCUACCACUGGGACCGGACUUUACGAGGGCUUGGAUUGGAUGUCGACAACCUUGGCGGAUAAAAGUCGAUGA